CCAGGUCCUUCAUGAAGCGCCCCAAUACGGGUCACCCGAGCAGCCUCUGCCACCGCAGCGUUCAGCAGCAGCCAUGUCUCACGGAUGGGGAUACGGACCGAGCGACGGACCUGACAAGUGGGCAGAAAACUUCCCGCUUGCUAAUGGACCCAGACAGUCUCCCAUCAACGUCGUUACCAAGGAGGCCCAAUAUGAUCCGUCUCUGAAGCGUCUGAAACUCCAGUAUGACCCGUCCAACGCCAGGGGCAUUCUCAACAAUGGACACUCCUUCCAGGUGGACUUUGUGGACGACACAGACAGCUCCACCCUGACUGGAGGUCCCAUCUCUGGAAUGUACCGACUGAAGCAAUUUCAUUUCCACUGGGGAGGCAGUGAUGAUAGAGGAUCUGAACACACUAUAAACGGCGUCAAGUUCCCUUGUGAGCUUUACGUUUUCAUCUCUUCUGUAGCGUCACCUGGAUUGUUCAGGGAGCCUAUAAGUGUGAGCCCUGCUCAGAUGGCAAAGUUUCGAAGCCUCCUGUUCACUGGAGAAGGAGAAGCCGCAUGCUGCAUGGUGGACAACUUCCGUCCUCCACAGCUCCUCAAGGGCCGUCAAGUCCGUGCUUCCUUUAAGUAAAUCUUAGUUAUACAGCAGGUAUGCAAAUUAUUGAACAAAGACAAUUUUUCAUAGAAAACAUAUUUUUGCUAUUGACAUGGAACACCUGGUGUUACCAAUGCCAGGUGUUGGUAACAACCCAUGUAAUCCACACAUAGAAAAAAUAAAACAAAUCAGUUCAGAAAUUAAAUUAUGAGUAAUAAUUUAAAAUGAAUUGGGCUAUUCUAGCAGUUUUAUGUUCUCUCUCUGUAGCUGGUUGAGAGCUUCCUUGUCUCUGUGUUUGGGAUCAUUGUCCUGCUGAAAUAUUCACCCUUUUUCAUUCUGGCAGCAGACGUUUCUCUAUAAUGUCUGUACACUUUCAUUUAUCAUCAAUUACAUGAAUUCUGUCAAUUAUGUGAAAAAAUAGACCCACAUAUUGAUGUUCCCACCUCCAAACUUCACUAUUUGCAUGGAGCCUAAGUUCAUUUUGUCCUUCAAAUGUGGUGUUUGUUAUGGCAUCCAAAGAGUUCAAUAUUGCUCUUAUCUGACUAGUCUAUGUUCUCCCAGUGUUUUACAGGCUUGUCCAAAUGUUUUCAGCAAACAUUAAACAAGCUUAAACUUGCUUCGACUCCAGAAAUGGAGUUUUGCGUGGUGAGCGUGCUUAAAGGCCAUGGCUACUGAGUGCAUUGCUUAUUGUUUUCUGAAACAAUUGUACUUGUCAACUCCAUAUCUUUGUGAAGUGCCCAGUGUAGUUCAAACAAAGUCAAACUGUCAAUGUACAGUCAUGUGGUUUUUGGAUUUUUUUUUUGCAAAGACCUUUUACGGUCCACACUGAGGCGAGCUUCCCUCCCACUGCAGAAUAUGUCAUGAUGGUUUUUUACCAUGUGUGUAAUUUAUAACCGUAUAGUAAAUGUAGCGAUCAUGGCAGAGAGACAACUAUUACAAGUUCAGAAGCUCAGAGGAGGAGGGAAUAAUAUUUGACAGUCUGGAAAAUCUAUCUUUUUCCAUGUCAUAAAAAACAAAACAAAAAGAUAAACGUUAGGCGUUGAUGAGCCAUUCUCCUGCUUCAACUGAGAGAAUGGGCAGUGUAAUAUUUCAGUAUACUUCCUCCUCAUCAUCAAACAAUUUCUCUCUGACUGAAAAAACUGUGCUCUCACUAUCUGUGCUUCCUAACAAUCUGUCCUUUCUUGCACAGAUAUUAGUCAGAUCAGCGGCCGAUGGAAAUUGUGUGGCAGUUUCCUAAAUGAAUAAACACCCAUGAAAUUCAGACACAAUCUUUCAGAGAGGGGACAAAAAGUUCACCAGGGGGGCGAACAGCAUAAGGAAGAGAACAAAAUGAUGGGAUUUUCUUCAUGCAACUGCAACAACGAGAACUGUUUUCAGCAAUUUGGCUUUUAUAGGCCAUCAGUUUGGAAUAAACCAGCUGAUAUUCAUUUGCACUCAAAAGGGGCAGAAGGUCUUUUUGAUCACUGAUGGAUUUUAACUGGUGUCUUUUCCACUUCCCUUUCUGUGUGUUCAAUACUUUUCCCUCUUAUUACUACACAUAACAUCUGAACUUGUUUGUUUUGGUUUCUUCUAUAUAUGGAUUACUUCAGUUGUUAAAAACACCUGGUCAAAAAGUCAUAUUUACUAUGACAAAUUGUGAUGUGUUCAAUACAGCUGUAUUCCAAAGCGUCUUUAUACAAUAGCUUUCAAUUUCUUCUUCAUUAUUUGAACUAUUAAUACAGAAAGUCAACUUUUUAAUUUCUUGCUUGUCUCCAGCUACUUGAAACUUAAACCUUUUGCUUCAUUUUAUCUCUAGAAUGUUUUGCCUUUUUUUUCCUCUGAGGAUGAAUAAAUGCCAUUCUGGUCUAACAACACUUUUGGUAAAUCUUAUUUGUAAUAUCUGAAACAUUAGAAUAUCAAACUAAAGCAUGAAUAAACAUACCCAUGAAAUUCUUGGGUAUGGUUGUUAUUUAAAAAAAUAUAAUCUUUGAAACUUUGACUAUCUUUAUACUAAGAUUUACUGAGGUCUAAAAAAUAUGACAAAAUGAAUAAUGGAAUAUUUUGUUAAUCUUUAACUUAUAAUUAUAUCCUGCCUGUUUGUGGAAUUAUUUCAGAUUUGUUUGGUAAUAAAAGCCUGUGUGUGUUCUGUGAAAUCUUACCCAUGCUCGAGUGUUUUCUAGGAUUGCAGUCCACUCAUUAAAUUGCUAAAUAAAAGCCGGUAUUGAGAACCUUC